UCAGCAGGGAAGUGUGGGUUGGUGCCAGUGAUGGCAGAGCAGUAUGACGCAGCUAAGUGUGGCUCCUCAGAGCAGACGGCCUCGUCUUACUUUGCGGUGGCUGUGGUGAAGAAAGGCUCGGGCCUCACCUGGAGCACACUGAGGGGGAAGAAGUCGUGCCACACAGGCCUGGAUCGCACAGCAGGAUGGAACAUCCCUAUGGGUCUCCUCCACAAGGACAGCAAGGAGUGUGACUUCUCCCAGUACUUCAGCUAGAGCUGUGCCCCGGGGGCAGAUCCUGAAUCCUCGCUGUGUGGGCGAUGGCAACCAAAUAAAUGACCCAGUGUACAGAUGUAAGCCCAGAGCUGAGGAGCAGUUUUAUGGCUACGCUGGAGCCUUCAGGUUAGAGGCGUCAGUCUUCCUAUUCUUGUGGCCAAACUCAAAGUCUAUC